CUACAGCACACUAAGUACAAACACCCAUCUUACUGGUUUUUCUUGUUUUCCCACAAAUAACAUAUUUCAUGUUUAUCCUAGAUAAUGUCUUCAAUGUCACUUCCAUAUUAACUCUAGACAGUUAACACCAUUUCUUCUUCCAUUGUUGUUUGUUUAGAGGGAGCUUGAGCGAAGCACAGCAUUGAAGGGAAAUGAACUUAAUUUUGAGGCUAUGGUCUCUUAACAAGCACAACCACUGGCUAUUCAAGUUAGCAGUUGCUAUUCUCUCGAUGUGUCUUGCUUUUAGGCUCUUCUUCUAUCAAUCUACGAGAUUUGAACCCAAUUUGGAUGACCCUUUUGCUGAUAAAACUGAAGUGUCAAAGCCACCUCUUCCUGUUGAUAUUCGGAAGCCGCAUAUUGCUGUUGACAUUGCUGUAGAUAUUCCAAAACCAACUCUUUCUGCUGAUGGGCCACAACCUGAAGAGGUGGAGGCGCCCAAAAAUGAACAUAAUGCUGGGAAGUGUGAUCUUUUUGUUGGAGAUUGGAUUCCCAACCCGUCAGGACCGAUUUACACAAAUGCUAGCUGCCCUUUGAUUGAUGGUCACCAGAAUUGUAUGAGGAAUGGGAGACCGGAUUCAGGUUAUCUAUUCUGGAGGUGGAAUCCACGAGAUUGUGAAUUACCACCAUUUGAUGCACGAAGAUUUAUUGAGUUAAUGCGGAAUAAAUCAUUGGCAUUGAUUGGUGAUUCAAUAUCUCGCAACCAUGUGCAGUCAUUGCUAUGCAUGCUCUCCACAGUUGAGCAAGCAGUCGAAGUUUAUCAUGACGAGGAAUACAAAUCAAAAAGAUGGCACUUUCCUUCCUACAACUUCACCGUAUCAAAUAUCUGGUCCCCCUUCCUUGUUGAGGCAGCAAUCUUUGAAGAUAGUGAUGGUGUAUCAACAGCUGAAGUUCAGCUGCAGCUUGAUAAACUUGAUAAGAAUUGGACAAAUUUAUACCAGGAUUUGGAUUACGCUAUUAUCUCAACUGGAAAAUGGUUUCUUAAAGCUGCAAUCUAUCAUAAGAAUGACACAGUAGUGGGCUGCCAUAUAUGUCCUGGAAAGAACUUUACAGAGAAGGGAUUUGUCUUUGCUUAUGAGAAAGCCCUCCAUUAUGCGAUGGACUUCAUAGCAACAUCCAACCAUAAAGGGUUGAUCUUUUUUAGGACAUCAACUCCUGAUCAUUUUGAGUAUGGAGAAUGGCAUAAUGGAGGCACUUGUCCAAAAACAAGGCCUGCUAAAGAGGGUGAGAUGCAGUUGAAGGACUUGAGCAGGAUUCUGCGUGACACUGAAUUAGCAGAGUUUGAGAGGGGAUCAGCAAAAGCAGCUGAAAACGGAGUAAAUCUUAAACUUCUCGACUUCACAAAUCUUUUAGUAUCAAGGCCUGAUGGGCAUCCAGGUCCAUACAGACAUUUCUAUCCAUUUGCUGAGGAUAAAAAUGCCACAGUUCAGAAUGACUGUCUACAUUGGUGCUUGCCUGGGCCAAUUGACUACUGGAAUGAUGUGAUAAUGGAGAUGGUAGUUAAUAGUUGAGAGAAAUCAGCAAGAGUUCUUUGGGGAAAAAAAAAUUCAGCAAGAGUUAAAAAGGACUAAACCUGCUGCUUCUUGUCCUAUAACUUUGAAUUAUAUACGAUUACUGGUGAUGUUUUCCCCUGGAAGUCACAGAUGAUGGCAGCUUUCCGACCCCGUAAUAGCCAAACCCGCAUGGCACAGUUCAUAGCUUUCUUCUUUUUAGGCUGGAGGAUGUCUAUCUUCGGUGUUCAUUUGUUACUUUUUUAGUGGAUUUUCACCAUUCAAUAUAUGUACCAUUUGUGACCUUA